ACGCCCAGGCCUUAAUCUAAGCAAACGGUGGCAUCCCCACCAUUUGGGUUUUUCAUUCUACUUCGCCGAGUCUUGCUCCGUUUUCGAACUCUCCGUUUGUCGCCGUUUAGUGGUCGCCCUCUUGCUCUGUUUCUCUCCGACAGUACCAAGUGCCUUGAUAAUGGGAUCAGUGAGAUGGAAAUUUAUAUUCUUUCCAUGGGAGGUGAUUCUGUACAAUAUUUCUGGAAUAUCGUAUGAAUGACUUUAGACCAAUUCUGAGCAGUUUUGGAGCUGGAUCUCAAGGUGGAUGUGAAGUGGAUCUGAAUAUUCCCACAACAAUCAUGGAUUCUAAUGUCAUCAUGGACAAUACAAUUAUAGAGCCUCGUGAUGACAUGGAAUUUGAUUCUCAUGAAGCCGCAUAUAUGUUUUACAAAGAAUAUGCGAAGUCUGUGGGGUUUGGCACUGCCAAAUUGAGCAGUCGCCGGUCUAGGGCAUCGAGGGAAUUUAUUGAUGCAAAAUUUUCAUGCAUAAGAUACGGGAAUAAGCAACAGUCUGAUGAUGCCAUCAAUCCACGACCUUCUCCGAAAAUUGGUUGUAAAGCAAGCAUGCAUGUAAAAAGAAGACAAAAUGGAAAGUGGUAUAUAUAUAGUUUUGUGAAGGAGCAUAAUCAUGAGCUCUUGCCUUCUCAGGUGCAUUUCUUUCGGAGUCACCGAAAUGUUGAUCCACUCAAGAGUGAUGUCCGAGUACGAAGACGGAAGAAUUUAGGUGCAGGGUCAAAGCUGUUCAGUGCCUAUCAGAAUGUUGAUUGUUUAGAGAGUUAUAUGAGAAAUCAGAAUGAUAAAGGACGGAGUUUGGUUUUAGAACCCGGGGAUGCUCAAAUACUACUGGAACAUUUUAUGCAUAUGCAGGAAGAGAAUCCAAAAUUCUUCUAUGCAGUUGAUUUAAAUGAAGAGCAUCGACUGAGAAAUGUGUUUUGGGUGGAUGCCAAAGGCAUGGAAGAUUAUACAACCUUUUGUGAUGUGGUUUCUUUUGACACCACAUAUUUCACAAACAAGUAUAAAAUGCCAUUGGUUUUUUUUAUUGGAGUCAACCAUCAUAUUCAACCCACAUUGCUUGGUUGUGCGCUGAUUGCAGACGAGACAUUUUAUACUUUUGUUUGGUUAAUGCAAACAUGGUUUAUAGCAAUGGAGGAACGGGCUCCAAGGGUAAUACUCACUGACCAAAACAAUGCCAUAAAAGCAGCUAUUAAAGCAGUCUUUCCAGGUACACGUCAUUGUUACUGUUUGUGGCAUGUAUUGGAAAAGAUCCCUAGACAGCUUGAGUUUUUGUGCAUGUGGAACAAUAAUUUUAUGCUGAAAUUUAAUAAAUGUAUCAGUAAGUCAUGGACAGAGGAAGAAUUUGAAAAGAGAUGGUGGAAAUUGCUCGACAGAUUCAAUCUUAGAGAGAUUGAAUGGGUUCAAACCUUGUAUGAGGAUCGCAAACAUUGGGUCCCUACUUUUAUGAAAGACAUCUCUUUUGCUGGGUUGGUUACAAAUUUGCGCUCAGAAAGCUUAAGCUCUUGGUUUGACAAAUAUGUCCAAGGGGAGACUUCGUUGAGAGAGUUUAUAGAACGAUACAGGGUAAUUCUUGAAGAUAGGUUUGAAGAGGAAGCCAAAGUAAAUUUUGAUGCAUGGCAUGAAACGCCUGAGUUGAAGUCUCCAUCACCCUUUGAAAAACAGAUGUCACUAGUGUAUACACAUGAAAUUUUCAAGAAAUUCCAAGUUGAGGUUUUGGGAGUAGCUGCUUGUCAUCUUAAGAAAGAAAAUGAAGAUGAGACAAAGACAACAUAUACUGUUAAAGACUUUGAAGAUAAUCAGAAUUAUAUGGUGGAAUGGAAUGAAUCAAAAUCAGAUAUAUAUUGUUCAUGCCGCUCAUUUGAAUAUAAAGGUUAUCUCUGCAGACAUACUAUUGUAGUUCUCCAAAUGUCUGGUGUUUUCAGCAUCCCGUCUAAAUAUGUAUUGCAGAGAUGGACUAAUACUGCAAGAAGCAGGCAUGCCAUUGGCGAAAGAUUGGAUGAGGUGCAGUCUAAGGUCCGUCGUUACAAUGAUUUAUGUCGACGAGCCAUAAUAUUGGGUGAAGAAGGUUCACUGUCUCAAGAGAGUUACAAUCUUGCUCUUUGUGCCAUAAAAGAAGCUUUGAAGCAAUGCACAACUGUGAAUAACUCAGUAGAAAACGAUUCGAGAACUAUGACCUCAGCAACUCAUCCUGUUUGUGGUGUUGAAGCGAAUCAAUCCAGCAAUGUGACUACUGAGGUGGUGCCUGAUCCUAAAGUGAUCAAUGCAAACAAGGCUCCUAGGAGAGCUGGAGCUGGGAAGGAAGUGGCAAGUAACAGAAAUAGUUCAAGCAAUAAAGGAAAGUUACCCCAGACAGAAGCUGCGAGUCUGGGAAUACAAGAUGGCUUUCACCAAAUGGAAAUGCCUAACACGAGGCCCACACAGUUACAUGGUCCGGUGCCAACGCCAUUUCAAAUCAUGGUGCCAACAAUGUUUCAAAAUGUCACGUCAACACAGUUCAAUAAUGUUGCUGCAACAAAUUUGCAUGAGAAUCAUCUCCCUCGGUAGCUCCAUUUUUACCUUCUGUUGUAAAGAUUACCUAUACAUUAACUGCUUAAGGACUGUAACAAAAAGCACCUUUUUUCUUUCUUUCUUUCUUCUUCUUCUUUUUUUUCUUUUCUUUUCUUUCUUUCUUUUUUUUUUUUUUUUUUGCUGUUCCCAACCAUGAAAAGUGUCUGUUUUCUGUUGUCCAAUUGUUGUAAAGAUUACGUACACAUUAACUGCUCGAUUUCUCUUAUAAUAAAACUACUAAUACAAGGCAAGCCUUUGUCAUGAAUUA